AUGAGAACAUUUCAAAUGGGUUAUUCCCGUAGUUCAGGUGGCAAGUCCUCAAAGGACAAGGGAUUUUCCUCCAAGGGAAAGAUUGAAAAAUACAAUCACGAUGGUACAGAGACAAUUAUUGUAAUGGGACGUCCUUUUCGUGUAUUACAAAAGAUUGGUGAUGGAGUAAAUCACGCCAUGACUUACAAGGAACAUACACGAUAUAAGAGUAGUAAGGAUGCUGCUCGAUCCUAUGUAUUUCUGGUUGAAAAUGUGGAAAAUCUUCCUGAGUUUCCACAUCAUCUCGCCUUAAAACGUUCCUUCUUUAAUGUGGAUGAAGUUGUAAUGGCCCACCGUGAACUGGAGAUUCUCUCACGUGUGAAGGAUAAGAGUAUUGUGCGUGUCUAUCAUUCGGAGGUUACCCGCAGUGAUGGUAAACUUGGUGUAACGGUGGCGAUGGAGUACUGUAGUAAUAACCUUCUCCGUCGACUGCGGCAAGAGAGUCGAAUGCCGGAGAGUGAAAUUGUACAAGUCUUACUUGCUGUAACCAGUGCGGUGGGAUAUUUACAUACCCAACAACCCCCUAUUGCCCAUCGUGAUAUCUGUCCAGAUAAUAUUCUUAUUCACUCUGCUGCUACUGGGGCGGCGGCAUACCGUUUGUGUAAUUUUGGCAGUGCCACAACAGAGGCAUAUGAGUGUGCGAAUCGUGAGGAAAUUGCUCUUGCUGUGGAGGAUAUUGAACGUCACACGACGCCUGCCUUUCGUGCUCCUGAGAUGGCUGAUCCUGGUAGUCAUAAACGUAUUGAUGAACGUGUGGAUCUCUGGUCUAUUGGGGUAUUAUUGUAUUAUAUGAUGUAUUUACGUCUCCCCUUUGGUGAAACCAAUAUGGGCCUCACGGGCCGUCUGAAAUUACGUUAUCCACCUGGCACGGAGAUGUGGUAUACGAGUUCUCUUCGAGUGGCACUGGAGCAUCUUCUUGAGCAGGAUCCAGAGAAGCGGUGGGAUAUCUUUGCUCUCACGAACUUUCUCCGCUUUGAUCAAGACAUCAGUAAAUACAUUGGCACCUUCUUCUUCACCGCGACGGAGUGGCCGGAUGGGUGGGAGCAGCAGGAUGUGAAGGUGGUGAAUCGACCCGUUCCGCCAAAGGCCCCGCCACUGCGGGUGGAGGGCGAACGACACGUCAGUGCGGCGGCAGCAGCGGAGGAAAGUAAUGUGGUCGGGGGCGGACGUUUACAGUUUGUUACGAGAGAUCCACAACAACAACAACAAUCUCAACAAUCCCAACAACAACAAACACAACGACCAUCCCAACGGCAACCACGUUCACGGACAUCAUUGUCAUCACAUGGUAGUGGCGGUGAGUUGGAUGCGGAGACGCUUGCGGCAUUAGGCGUGGAUGCGGAGAGUACAGAUCCUGAGAUGGUGGCCUAUCGUGAGAAACUUAUUCGUGAACAGGAGGAGGCAUGGCGAAUGGCAAAGGCUGCGAGUGGGGCGGGGAGACGGAAGAAGUCUGAGGAUACCAGUACGAGAAGAGAUGGUUCCGACUCCAAUACAACAGAGAAACAACAACAACAACAACAACAACAGGAAGAAGAAGAAGAACAUGAAGGAAAAUCACAAGAAGAAAAGAAUGAUCCAUCAAAGGAGAAAAAGAAUGAUUUAUUUGAUGAUUUAUUUGAUUCCACACCAGUGACGGCCUCUUCUUCUUCGCCUGUGCCACCAACGGCCUCUGUUUCUCCACAGGCCCCAUCACAACAGUUUGACGGUGGAAAUAAUAAUAAUAAUAAUAAUAAUAACUGGCAGGACUCUCUCUUCAGUCAAGUCCCUCCACAACAGCAACAACAACAACCAGCAGCAGCAGCACCUCAACAUGUUGUGAUGGAUGAUGGUUGGGGAACAGGGGCACCAACGAUGGUGCCGGGGGCCUAUCCAAUGGAUCCCAUGUACCCCACAGCACAACCUCAAGGAACAACACCAUUUAAUAUGCAACAACAACAACAAUUACAUCCUCAAUUACAUCAACAACAACAACAAUUACAUCCACAAUUACAUCAACAAGAUGUAAUGCCACCGACGUGGGGCGGCGCUGGCCCAAACUUUGCACCGCAGUCUGUACAACAACCCAUGCCCAUGCCACCGCAACAACAACAACAACAACAACCUAACCUCCAACAGGCCACUAUGGACUUUACGAAGGGAAGCUUUCCACAGCAGCAGCAACAACCUGCAGCAACGGAACCUGCAAAGAAAGGAAAGAAGAAGGAUCCCUUUGAGGAUCUCUUUUUGUAG